GCAAAUAAGAGCAUACCUUCCUGGGUUUGUGGACUGAAUCCAGCAGAAGAAAGCCUCAUUUAUAAGUGACAAAGUGAUUCUUCAAAUUUCAAGAGAAAAUCCCCCCAAGACCCCUCCUUUAACCUCAAUUAAGGACAAAUCCACCCAACAGAACACCCGGACCACUCAAAAACUCUCUCUUCUCUCCUUUCUCUCCGCACAAUACCAUGCCUUGACAAUAUCCAAACUCAAUUGAGCAAAAAGCUAUCUGCUUAACCUAAAAUGUUACAAAUUAAAGGUAAAAAACUCAUUGAGUAAACAAAAGAUGUCACAAAACCCACUCUCCUAAUUUUUAACCGAAACCGGUUUCGCUACAGAAGACAAUCGUUUUAAGCCUCAUCCGCUCCUUACCUUCUUCCCCCCAAACCCCCAAGUAAUCCACAGUUGAACCAAAACCUUCAUGCUACAACACUUUGUUCAACACUUGCCCCACAUUCCACCUCCAAAACAUACCCAAAAUCACCUUAGAUUCUCACAGUGCACACAGCUUUUGGGUCCCUCAAAACGUGUAGCUACAAACCCAGAAAUACCCACAAGCCAAAAGCACAGAUCUCAGCUCAAGAGACUUACUUUUUCUUGCCUAACUAAUGACUUUUAUGAAGAAACCCAGAUCUUGCUCACUCUCAAGAACCAGAGAAAUUAUGCAGAGCUACAAGGAAGAAUCAUGUACUGUUUAUGCAUUUCUCACUCAUACCUCACUGUUGGAAAGAUGAGUAAAUAUAGAUAUUUGCAGGGAAUAAAUGUUAGCUAGGGUGGAUUUAAGGGGUACGGAAUUUAUGAAUUUUGGAGAACUCUUUUUGUUUCCUGUAAUGGAAAUAGUGGUGGUGGUGACUAGUGGGAGAGGGUCUCCGCUUCUAGUACUGUUUUGCUCUCUUUCUCUCUCUCUCUCUCUGCACUCCAAUCAAUGAACACAACCACCAUUA